AUGUACAACACGGGAGAGAAAGGCGCCAGCCAGAACGGAGAGGCGACGGUCUCUUCCAGUUGCCGCGUGCAGUUCGAAAAGCCUUUCAGCCUAUUGAAUCUGCCUGAAACGCUAUGGCUUUUUACUGACAGCGACUUUGCCACGUUCGUCAUUCCAGACACUGCAUUCGGGAUAUUCGCUGCUCUAUCUGCGCCUGUUUUAUCCCAUACUAGCUCUCCCGACUUGGUGCAAGUGCUGGAGAGAGUCCCAGCGGUCAUGCUGUGGAACUGGCUUAAUCUGCUCAUUUUCGACCUUGCCAAUCAAAGGCAUCCCGAAUCUGUUACAUCCUUUCCACGGCUGGCUAACGCUCCAGGACUGAUCACCAAAUUCGACAAGUCUGACAAGGGCUAA